AUGCCGCCCGACGAUGGAAGAGCCCGUAACGCCUGCAUAUGGUUCGUCUCCUGUUUCUUCUUCCUCAUCCUUCUCGUCGGGGGGUCGCUCCUCGUGAUCUACAUCGUCCUGCCGGAAUCACAAGACACGUUCUGGUUCCCCAUCGCCGGCUUCGUCCUCGUCGGCAUCCCUUGGCUCUUCUGGAUCACCACCUGCAUCUACCGAUCCGUCAUGGCUCCCAAGUACGACAUCGAGAGGCCGCCCGUGAGGGCUGCCGCCGUCGCCCCGGCCGCUGCUGGUGCGGCCGCAGCCAGUGAUUCGCCUGUCAAUUCUCCCAGCGGCGGAGGCGGCGUCGCCGAUGCUACGCCAGGCGCGGAGCCAAGGGGACGAGACGUAGAUGGCGACGCGCGCGAUGACUCCUCUCUCAAUUCCCACGAGAGCGAGGAGCCGCUGGCUUCCUCCAUGUCUUGA